CAAAGAAAUGCGCCGCUUGGGGCCCAGAUGUCUUAAGAGUUAUUUAUAGAUCUGCUGGAACUACGACAAUCCCUGCCACAUCCAAUAUCCACAGACAACAAAGCGGCUCAGUAUCUUAGUAUCCCGGGAUCAGUUGCAAGCAAACCAUGCGAUCGAUUGGAGUUCGUGGAAUGGGCCAGCCGCUGGGCAUCCGGAUCUGCUGUUGUCGCGUGUGCACCUGCAUCAACUUCGGUUUCGUUAUGUCGCGGAUCGGUCUCCUGAAGCUGAUGGAACUGGGUCUGGCCAUGUUGUGCGAGGGUCUGCUCAUCAAGUAUGGCAUUCCGUACGGCGACUCCAUUGGCCAGGCGCUGACCAGUUUCCUGGCCACCACGGGUCACUGCUUCACCACCACCGGCAUCCUGCUGCUGUGCUACGCCUUCUCCGACAAAUCCUACAGCCUCAUCAGGCAGUCCCUGUUUGAAACAUUGUUUAACGUCCUCGCUAGUUGCAUGUACUUCAGCUCAGCCAGUUACAUGGCCUUCGCUUGCGUGGUGUGGCUGCAUCCACAGUUCGUGGUGCGACCCGGAUUCUGGGCAUAUCCGGCCAUGAUGGCCUGCUAUUACAUGGGCUAUGCGGCGGGCAUUUUGCAUGCCCUGGAUGCCUACUUGGCAUUCCGGCACUUUCGAGGGGCACGCUAAUCCCAGCCAGACAAAAUCAGUAUCUUAAGUAAUUUGUG